CUGGUCCUGUCACCAGUCAGGCAGUGGAGCAGUAGACCAAGGAAGACUAAAUUUCAGUGCUACAUGUGCAGCAGACAGUGAGGAUGCCUCCACAAUCUGGCGACACAGAAGAACAGGAGGAACCUAUUCUAGAUUUUUUGCAACUUUUUACUUGGGAGGAGAUUGCAAUCCAUACUGGCCAGGGCCAUGGGACAUCAGGGCAGGAGCGGUGGCUGGUGAUUGAUAGGAAGAUCUAUGAUGUCAGCAAGUUCUACCUGCGGCACCCAGGAGGGCGACAAGUUAUCAGUCACUAUGCAGGGCAAGAUGCAACGGAUGCCUUUGUUGCCUUCCACAAAGAUAAGGAGCUCGUGAAAAAAUACUUGAAACCACUACAGAUUGGAGAGUUAGCACCAGAUCAACCUACCUCUGAGCCCAGCAAAAAUAAACUGCUGGUGGAGGACUUCCAUGAGCUACGUGCCACUGUUGAGAGGAUGGGACUCCUGAAGCCUAAUUACUUCUUUUUCUUCCUGGUUUUCCUGCACAUCCUUGUACUGGAUGCCGCUUCCUGGCUCACUGUGUGGUACUUUGGCUCAUCCUUAGUGCCUUUCCUCAUUGGUAUGGCACUGUUUGUUACUGCCCAGGCCCAGAUCAAUUGGUUUCAACAUGAUUUGGGGCACUUUUCAGUCGUCAGCAAAACUACAUGGAACCGGUUUCUUCACAUCCUUGUAAUGGGUGUUCAGAAGGGAAUGGUGGCCAGUUGGUGGAAUCACCUGCAUAACCAGCACCAUGCAAAACCGAACUGCUUUCGCAAGGAUCCUGAUCUCAACAUGCAUCCUAUUUUGUUUUCCUUGGGAAAGACACUUUCUAUAGAGCUAGGAAAAAAGAAGAAGAAGUUCAUGCCUUAUAAUCAUCAACACAAAUACUUCAGCUUUUUGGCCCCAGCUUUCCUAGUUCCCUUCUUCCAGUUCAUUGUAAUCUAUUUCUCAAUCAAAAGAAGGAAGUGGUUGGAAUUGUUCUUGAUUGUAACCUACAACAUCCGCGUCUGUUUUAUGUAUGUUCCCUUAAUGGGAUUUAAGAGCUUCAUGGCAUACUACUGGCUGGCCAGGUACCUAGAGAGCACCUGGUUUAUCUGGGUUUCACAAAUGAAUCACAUCCCAAUGCACAUUGAUUAUGAUCGGAACUUGGACUGGGUAUCUACUCAGCUUCAGGCAACAUGCAAUGUGAACCAAUCCUGGUUCAAUGACUGGUUUACUGGGCACCUGAACUUCCAAAUUGAGCACCACCUUUUCCCUACGAUGCCUCGACACAACUACUGGAAGGUGGCCCCCUUGGUGAAAUCCCUCUGUGCCACGCAUGGCAUUGAGUACAAAUCCAAGACUUUACUUACUGCUUUUGCAGACAUUUUGCACUCCUUGAAGGAUUCUGGGGAACACUGGCUUGAUGCCUAUCUGCAUGGAUAAGAAAACUACAAUUCUUCAUGGGGAACCUUUCAAUGUACAGCUGCAGAGACCAUUGGAGACUAUGGUGGACUCUGGGAGAUAUAUAAGCCUUGUCUAGGGGACUGCAGAAUUGGAUAAAAUUAAUUUUAGUAUGAUUAGGGGAUUAAAAUAUUUAAAUUUAGCUUUUUUCUAAAUGCAAGUCACCAUUUGCUGCUUUUGCUGGAUUUAGUGACAUGAAUGGAUGGGAUAUUGGCCUGAGCCUAGUAGAGAAAGGACUUUUAGUAGCCUCUCUUUCACUCCUAACAUGUUACUUGCUGUAAAUGGAGGAAGGAGACUGCCAGAUUAUUUGCCUGAGUGAUAGAAUUUUAAGGAAUAUUACAUCUUUCUGAAAUGCUGUAACUUGGAAAAAAGGCACAGGAAAAAGCCAACUGAAGAAGACACAGAGAAAUGUUGGUGAUGGGACAGGGGAGAAAGAAAUCUUCAUGGUUAAGGACAGAAAUUGCACAUAAACUGGUAUAAGUGAUCGGCAACUGGUUCAAAUAUGUAACACAACAGCAGUUCAGUGCAUAUAAAUCACUUCCAAAGUGACUGAAACUAGUUUAAGAUAAACCUGGAUGGAUGUAGUAUCAGACUUAACUGAUUUAGGUUAAAUUGGUUUAUUGAACUUCUGUCCCAGAUCCCCUCCAGAUUCAAGUUAACUCAGUUUCUCAGCAUCCCAGGAUUCUUUGCAUCUCCCACACAACCUCUCCCUCUCCACUCCACAGGGUGGACAGACUAGCCUUGGCCCAAGCUUUCUGCUCCACUUGAGUAGGGAGGUAUGCUCUAGUGUCUGGCCUGGGCCACUGCAGGCAUGUGGCUGCAUUUCUGGAAUCACAAGUGAAUGUAAUCACUCACUUAUCAGUUCAAUCUAUGCAGCUUAGACUAACCUGUGAAGAUUGAAAUGAUUCAGCCUUGGGCUUUUUGACUAUCUGUACUUAGCCCAUGGACUUCCUGUAAUCAUUGUAAAAUAGGAACACAAACCAACAGAUGGGUUGAGCUCAGGCACAGGGCUAGAGAACUAGAGAAGCUAUGUCACUAGGAGUGUGCACAGUAUCCCUUACUUACUCUUAGUGUGUUUGUGUUUUUUCAGAGCUGGUCUGUGUUGUUUUUCUAUGUGAGAUGUCAUACAUAUUUUGAUAAACGUAUUAUUGGACAAUCAGUACAUGGGUAAAGGAUAGUGGUUAAAAAGUUAUUAAUAUAUAAAUAUAGUCUACCACAAAGCUUAAAAAAUAA